CUCCCGGGCGCCGGAGCGGCGUUUGCGGGCGCGGGCUGCGGGGCUGGCGCGGGGCCGGCCGCGCUGCGGGCCAUGGCGCGCCUGGGCGCCGUGCGCUCGCACUACUGCGCGCUGCUGCUGGCCGCCGCGCUGGCCGUGUGCGCCUUCUACUACCUGGGCUCGGGCCGCGAGACCUUCUCCAGCGCCACCAAGCGGCUCAAGGAGGCCCGCGCGGGGGUCCCCGCCGCGCCCGCGUCGCCCGCGCCCGGCCCCGGCGCCAAGGCCAAGAGCCUGGAGGGCGGCGGCGGCGGCGGCGCGGGCCCCGUGGACUAUCACCUGCUCAUGAUGUUCACCAAGGCCGAGCACAACGCCGCGCUGCAGGCCAAGGCCCGCGUGGCGCUGCGCUCCCUGCUGCGCCUCGCCAAGUUCGAGGCGCACGAGGUGCUCAACCUGCACUUCGUGAGCGAGGAGGCCAGCCGCGAGGUGGCCAAGGGGCUGCUCCGGGAGCUGCUGCCGCCCGCCGCCGGCUUCAAGUGCAAGGUGCUGUUCCACGACGUGGCGGUGCUGACGGACAAGCUGUUCCCCGUGGUGGAGGCCAUGCAGAAGCACUUCAGCGCUGGCUCCGGGACCUAUUACAGCGACUCCAUCUUCUUCCUCUCGGUGGCCAUGCACCAGAUCAUGCCCAAAGAAAUCCUGCGGAUCAUUCAGCUGGACCUUGACCUCCAGUACAAGACCAACAUCCGGGAACUGUUUGAGGAGUUUGACAACUUCCUGCCAGGUGCUGUCAUUGGCAUAGCAAGGGAGAUGCAGCCUGUGUACAGGCACACGUUCUGGCAGUUCCGCCAGGAGAACCCCAAGACCCAGGUCGGGGGCCCUCCGCCCGACGGGCUCCCUGGCUUCAACAGCGGGGUGAUGCUGCUGAACCUGGAGGCCAUGCGCCAGUCCUCGCUCUACAGCCACCUGCUGGAGCCCGGGCAGGUGCAGCGACUGGCCGACAAGUACCACUUCCGCGGCCACCUCGGGGACCAGGACUUCUUCACCAUGAUCGGCAUGGAGCACCCGGAGCUCUUCCACGUGCUCGACUGCACCUGGAACCGGCAGCUGUGCACCUGGUGGAGGGACCACGGCUACAGCGAUGUCUUCGACGCCUACUUCCGGUGCGAGGGCCAUGUCAAGAUCUACCACGGGAACUGCAACACCCCCAUCCCCGAGGCCUAGGGCCGUGCCUGGCCCCUGAACCUGGGGUGGGUGGGUGGGGGAAGAGAUGCGUACCUCUAAAACCGGCCCCACAGUGAACCCCGAAAGAGCCACUGUGGGGAGCGUCUGGGUGCUACAACUUUCCAACCCUGGGGUUCUGCUUUCUUAGUUUUGGUGGUGGCCAGUCGCACUGCCCUUAUGGGCAACAUGACAGACAGACAGACAGGGAGACGGGAAGUCUCCGGGUGCCUGGGAGCAAGCACUGGCAAAGAAGAAAAGACAGGAAGCCCACCCCUUGCUUACAGUUCCCAAAGAAUGAAAAUCUCUUUAAGACUCUGCCUUUUGGGGACCAAAUAGAAAUUGGUUUCCAGUGGGAAGCCUUCCAUUGGAAAUAACGGGGCCACUGAAGAUCCUGAAAAGCUCUGGACGAGAGAGCCAGGGGCUGAGCCUGAGCCUCCAACCCGCGGGGAAGGGAGGCACGUGCUUGUCCCGGAAAGCUCCUGCUGGUAGAGGAGGGGAGAGAGUGUCUCUCUAGAGAGGUCUCACUGUGGGCGCCCUCAGUGUUCUCUGCCCACAACAUUCCAGACCCUCAUUACCCCGACUUCCUCCAGGCCAGCUCUGCAUUGACCAGGCUGUGUCCGGACACCAACUAAUCAAAUCUUCCAUUCUAGAGCACAGAGUUAGCAGACAGGCACUGGCAUGGUCCCCCCCACCCCCCGCAGCCCCCCAUGUAACGGGGAAGGGGUGCUUCGCUCAGCUCAUCAACUUUUUCAUCUCUUUGUAAAACCAGCCUGUUGUUGCAUCAUGGAGAAAUUAGGGUGUCAUUUCUUCAUUCUUUUAAAGAAUUGUGCUGUGUGUGUGGUGGUGGUGGUGGUGGGGCAAAGGGGGUGGGUGCUAGGAAGAUAGUACGGGGGGUUAGAGCACAUGCCCUGCCUUCACUCAGCCCUGGGUUCUAUCUCCAAUGCCUCCAAGCCUCUUGAGCCUCGCUGGGCCUGGCCUGGGGCCCCCUGAGCAUUGCCAGGGUAGCCCUGCUGGUCUUGGGUGCAGCAUGGCCCCAGCAGGGCUGAAUUCUCGAGGCCUAGCACAGCAAUGGGCAUGGCUGGCUGAGUAUUGCUGGGAGUAGCCCCCCAGUCCCCCAGAGAACUGCUUGGGAGUCUCCAGCCCCCACCCCUCGUUCCAUAGGCAGGUGUGCUGUGAGUCACCUGCAGACAGGAAGCUGCCGGGGUCCAUCCUGUGUAGCCCAGGGAGCCCCUCCAGGAAGCCAUGUUGCAAGGUUCUCAGCUUAUUUCCCUUUUAAAAAUUAUGUUUGCCACCAACGAGAAUAGCUAAUGAAUCAUUUAGAGAACAUGAUCUAGGAUGUUCUCUGAGCACAGUGCCCUGCCACGGGGAAGGCCUCUGGCUCUGGAGAGGAGUACAGUCCCUCCACAACGGUGAACAGGGGGGCGUGCAGUGCCAAGGGCGUGUGCGAGAAGGUCACUGAGGGACAGCCAGGAGUCCCGAUUCCAAGUGAGGAUCUGUUUCAUUCUGUGCAUUGCAGGCCCACCCACCCCUGAGAGCAAAAAGCACCCCUCUCCUCUCGCCCUCCGCCCUGUGGCCUAUUCCAUACCAUCGGCCCAGUGGGCUGGGGUCCACUGCUGUCCACACUCAGCCCCUGGCCCCCAUACAACUGGCCUUUUCGCUUAGGUGCUUGAUUUCCUGUUUUGAGCUACCAAUUAUUGAAUGCUCUGUGCCAAGCACUGUCUCUCAGCAAUUAUAUAGACUAUCAAUCAUAUUCAUGAAAACCUCAUGAAGGUAACUCAUAUUCUCAAAUUUAUUCCAAGUAAAAAAUUGAAGACUGUGAACAGAGUCAUUGUUUAUCAGCAUUUUUUAAUAGAAAAGAGUUGAAAGCAGUUUUAAAUGGGAAAUAGAUAAAUAAUGGAUGUUGCAUACAUAGAAGGGAAUACUUUAGCCAUUAAAAACCAUAUUUUUGAAAAAUAUUUAAUGCUUUGGGAAAUGCUUCAAUGUGUUAUGAGGUAAAAAUGCAAAUAAAAGAUGUAUAGGGUCA